AAGAAGGGCGAUAAAUGCUGGGGAGGGGCUCCCAAAACUCAGCAAGGGAUUUUUUUUUAUUUAUUUUCUUAAGUGUUAAAGCCUUCGCAUCCAAACAGAAUGCCACUUUGGGAAAUGGUUGCGCUCAGAAGUUAAACGUAUCUUCCUUCUACUGGCAAUCAAUUCGCCUCAUGAUCGUCCAGUAAAGUUCCUUGGAUUGGAUUCUUCCUCGGGUUAUUCUGAUCUUGUUAUGCUCAACACCUUUAGCAGCUUUGCAGAGGAAAACUACACAACGCUGAGUGCAAUUAUUUUUUUAAGCAAAACUGAACUCGGAACUCGGCGCGAAUCUCUUAAUACCUGUGGGUUCUCGUCAUCCCUUACAGUGUCAUCAUGUGGUCGCAAGUCCACCUUCUGGUAAUCCUGAGCACUGCUCAUGCCACUGGCGAGUACUGCCACGGCUGGUUUGACACCCACGGCGGGUGGCACGUGGGAUUUCAGUGUCCAGAAAUGUACGAUGGCGAUGAGGCGCUCUUCUGCUGUGGAAAUUGUCAUCUUCGUUACUGCUGCACCGCGGCUGAAGCGCGUCUUGAUCAGGGAAGCUGCGACAACGACAAGCGGGACUUGGAGGAGGAGGCGGAGACCGUGCAAGCUGUGCCAACAUACCUGCCCUUCUUAAUUGUCUGCAGCCUUUUUGUGGCUUUUGUCAUUAUUGGGACUUUCAUUGCCAUUUGCUGCUGCCGGUGCCUGAAAAUGAAAACCAGGGAUCAACAUGGCAGAACACUACCCACCCAAUGCAGACUGACUGAAUCUGGACAUUCCUCAGAAAGCCAGACCCCGUCUCGUCAUUCCAGCUCCAGCUCUAGCACUGCCAGUCGGUGCUCUUUAGGUGGCCGCAACCAGAACAAUAUUUGCACACUUGGCACAGAGAGCCUGAAUCUUUUCAUGAACCUGCCACCACAGAGCACCUACCCCAUUUUAAGCUGCCCCCAGUCUCAGGGUUUCAUGGCCACUUCUCAGGCGUCCGCUCCUUUCCUUCAACAGUACAUUGGAUAUAGGAUGCCUCCAGAGCAGACCAUGCUGAUGGGCCCCACCUACGCAGACAACCGAGGUGUCUAUGGACAGCAGCAACAUCCCCAUAGUUUCCAGCAGAUGCCAAUGCAUACAGAAGCACUAUACCCCGGGGUCACAAUGUGAGACUCUGGCCAAAUGAACUUUAAUGUCGGGGGGCACUUAGUCUAGAUUUCUAAUGGGGAAAGUACAAGGCUGGUGAGGUAGAAAGAUCCACCUGGCACUCAAACAGGUGUCAGUGAUGGACUGAUACCAUUUAAAACCAGAAGAGACUGUUGUCAAAGAUGUUGUGACAUCCUGAAGAGGGCCUCGGAUUUCCCCUACUUUCUUCAGUAAUUUAUUUUUGCCAGUAAAAAAAAAUGGAGGAAAGACUGUUUUACACUAAGUGUCAUUAUAAGGGUGUAUUUGACUUUUUAGCAGCAUUUCUAUGAAGUCUUUCCAAUUUUCUAUAAAUAUGGUGGUUUUUUUUUUUUAUUGUAAAUGACACUUCACAAU